UCAAGUCGGUGUUAACGAAAUUCGCUGAUUUUGCGGUGUGCCCUGUUUCGAAGAAAUAACAUUUUAGGCUGACGUCCAGAAACGUGAAGUACAUGUAAAGAAAGGAUCGGAAGUCUCUGUUCCUUCUUCUGACGCUUCGCCUAGGGAGAGACAGGGAGGGAAAGAGAGAAAGGGUGUUCUUCGCCUCGUUUCUUACUCUUCACCUAACUCCCUCGUUAUAAUUUUCCUGGAACUCGAUUUGGGUUUCACCGAUCCGCUUCUCUCCCUUCAAGGCGUCAGACAGAUUAAACAUAAUAGGACUAAUGACAUCACGAACGAUAAGGAGAAGACUCCAUCAUGGAGAUGUCGGUGGUAAAAAACAUGAGCAUUUAAUAGGUGCAGAUUUGGAUGACCUAAAUGAACCUUUACUUGGGAAUAACGAUGACAACAAGGCUAAAGAAUUACAGGUACAAACGGAUGAAGAUAUUAUGUAUGAUGAAAAAAGAAAAGAAAACCUCCACUGGGCAUUUCUGUUCUCUAAUAUAAUUUCAGAAUGGGCACAAUGGUUAGCAAGAGUUCUACUUGGAUCCGGAUCAUUUAUUGCACGGAUUUGGACUUUGCCUUCAACAACAGGAAGUGGCCCAACAAAGAAGUUUCUUCCACCAUUACUUACUCCAUUACAGGAGGCAAGACUGAGAAGUCUGCAGAAAAGAUUGGAAGUCCCUUUUGAUGGUUCAUGUUUGGAGCAUCAAGAUGCAUUAAGGCAAUUAUGGAGGUCAGCAUAUCCAAAUAGGGAACUCCCUGGGCUUAAAUCAGAGGUAUGGAAAGAGAUGGGGUGGCAAGGAUCUGAUCCUUCUACAGACUUCAGGGGUGGAGGAUUUAUAUCUCUAGAGAAUCUUAUCUUCUUUGCCAAGAAAUAUCCGGAAGCAUUCCAGAACCUUCUAAACAAAAAUGAAGGAGAUAGAUCUGAAUGGGAGUAUCCUUUUGCUGUAGCUGGCAUCAAUAUUUCUUUCAUGUUGGUGCAAUUGUUGGAACUUCAAUCAGGAAAGCCAACAUCUAUGUCAGGGAUACGGUUUUUGGAAUUUCUGAGUAACAAUGAGUUGGCAUUUGAUGAGCUGUACUGUGUUGCCUUUAAGCUCAUGGAUGCUCAUUGGCUUGCUAAACGUGCUUCAUAUAUGGAAUUCAAUGAGGUUAUGAAAUCCACAAGAAUGCAACUGGAGCGAGAAUUGUCACUUGAAGAUGUCACAAGUGUCAAAGAUUUGCCAGCGUAUAAUAUGUUAAAACGAUGAAAUGUUAAGAUUGCCCCGGUUGUAAAGUGAUUUGAAUUUCACAAAAGAGAAGGGGAAUGUAAACAAGUAAAGGCCAAUUUUGUGGUCUCAAAUCUGUACAAACGUAAAUGCAAAUGAAUUUAAACCAGGACUUGUCUC